AUGCGAUGCGCGAGCAAGGCCGCCGAGAGCGCGUCUGCACGUCUCUGUGCGGACGCCGAAGCAGAAACUACAGCAACUGAUGUCCCAUCGGUUGCUGAAUCGACUCAGCCUGUAUCACCUGGUGAUGCAGGCGCUGGUCAUGAAGACACUCGUGUCUUCACAGAGUACGAGCUCGGUGUCUCGUACUCUCCCUGA